AUGGGUGCUGAGGAGAAGGUGCUGGUCACACUAUCAGGGGGAGCCCCCUGGGGCUUCCGACUUCAUGGGGGGGCCGAGCAGAGGAAACCCUUACAGGUGUCCAAGAUCCGAAGACGCAGCCAGGCUGGCAGAGCAGGACUCCGGGAGCGGGACCAGCUCUUGGCCAUCAAUGGGGUCUCCUGUACCAGCCUCUCUCAUGCCAGUGCCAUGAGCCUCAUUGAUGCAUCUGGGAAUCAGCUUGUCCUCACUGUUCGGAGGAUAGAGGAUGAAGGGCCUGUGCGAUCUCCAUCCCCUCGUGAACUUCAGGUGCUAUCGCCCUUAUCUCCCCUGAGUCCUGAGCCUCCUGGUGCUCCAGUUCCCCAACCUCUUCAGCCUGGGAGCCUCCUCUCACCUCCUGACAGUGAAGCUUACUAUGGAGAGACAGACAGUGAUGCUGAUGGCUCUGCCACCCAGGAAAAGCCCCGCCGACCCCGCCGCCGGGGCCCCACCAGGCCCACAGCUCCAGGAGCCCCAUCUGAUGAGACCUACCUGUCUGACAGCCCUGCAGAGCCAGUGCCUACCGUCCUUGGCUCUCCCAGCCAGGGUGAUAGCCGCGUGAGCUCCCCGUCUUGGGAGGAUGGGGGAACCCUUCAGCCACCGCCAGCUGAGGCUCUGCUGUUGCCCCAUGGGCCCCUCCGGCCUGGCCCUCAUCUCAUCCCUAUGGUAGGGCCUGUUCCUCACCCAGUAGCAGAAGAUCUUACUACUACUUAUACCCAGAAGGCCAAGCAAGCCAAACUGCAACGGGCAGAGAGCCUUCAAGAGAAGAGUGUGAAGGAAGCCAAGACCAAAUGCAGGACAAUUGCAUCCCUGCUAACUGCAGCCCCCAAUCCCCACUCCAAGGGGGUGCUUAUGUUUAAGAAACGGAGGCAGAGAGCCAAGAAGUACACCUUAGUGAGCUUUGGGGUUGCGGCUGGGACAGGCACUGAGGAAGAGGAAGACGGAGUUCCUCCCACCAGUGAGUCUGAGCUGGAUGAGGAGACCUUCUCUGACGCCCGCAGCCUCACCAACCAGUCUGACUGGGACAGCCCCUAUCUGGACAUGGAACUGGCCAGGCCGGCCUCAGGUGCAGCAGAGGGCCCAGGUCUGGGGCUGAGUGAAACCUCUGGACGAGGAGCCCAGCUCUUUGAACAGCAGCGCCAGCGAGCAGCCACCAGCACCCAGGAGCUGGUCAAGGAUGGCCCAACAGCCUUGCUCAACGGGCAGGACCUGCAGUCACCACCUUGGGCCCAGAGUGCCCUUCCUGAGACUGCUGUGCUCCCAUCCAGCCCUUUGCCGCCCCCAGUAGCCAGCCCCAGACCCUUCCUCCCAGGCGGUGGAGUCCCUGAAACCGCUGUGCUCCCAUCCAGCCCUUUGCUGGCCCCAGUAGCCAGCCCCAGACCCUUCCUCCCAGGCAGUGGAGUCCCAGCGCCAGCUCCGAGCAUGUUUAACCGAUCAGCCAGGCCCUUCACCCCAGGCUUACAAGGGCAGCGGUCAAGUACCUCCUCGGUUAUUUUCAGGCCCCAGGCCCCUAAGAAGGUGAAUGAAAGUCAGGGAGGUCUCAGCCCUGCCCCACCGCCCUUCUUGUCCUCUUUGCAGGGGCCCAGCCCUCUGCCCAGCUUCACUUCAGAGGCUCCCAGCCAGGUGCCAGGCUCAGGUCCUCCCAGCACCCCACGCUCCUCGGGCCCUGUGAUGGCCACUAGCUCCCUGUACAUCCCAGCUCCUAAUCGUCCAGUUACACCUGGCGGGGUCCCAGAGCUUCCCUCACCCCCCAGCGCAGCUGCCAUGACUUCCACCGCUUCCAUCUUCCUAUCGGCGCCUCUGCGACCCGCUGUGCCACUAGAGACGCCCGCCCCAGGCCCCGCGGCCCCGGAGUCCCCCAGCGCUCGGGAGCAGCGCAUCUCCGUGCCAGCCGCCCGUACAGGGAUCCUCCAGGAGGCCCGGCGCCGGGGGACCAGGAAGCAGAUGUUCAGGCCGGGAAACGAGGAGACGAAGAACUCGCCCAACCCUGAGCUCCUAUCGCUGGUGCAGAACCUGGAUGAAAAGCCCCGGGCUGGCGGAGCUGAAUCUGGUCCGGAGGAGGAUGCCCUAAGUCUCGGGGCCGAAGCCUGCAACUUCAUGCAGCCACCAGGGGGCAGGAGCUACAAGAUACCGCCUCACAUCACACCCAAAACCCCGCCUCCAGUGGUUCCUAAGACCCCACCCCCUGUGACACCUAAGACUCCACCCCCAGUGGCUCCUAAGCCCCAGUCUAGAGAGUUCUUUGAUGGGUUAGUGAAUGGGGGAGCCCCUUCGGAGACACCAAAGCUUUUGGGGCGGGGUGGGGAGCUGUUUGCCAAGCGGCAGAGCCGAGCAGACAGGUAUGUAAUAGAAGCUACACCUGGCCUUGGCUUUGGCUCUGGCCCUCGACCCAGAAGCCCUUCUCCUACCCCAUCACUGCCACCUUCCUGGAAAUAUUCACCUAAUAUUCGCGCCCCACCUCCUAUUGCUUACAACCCACUGCUCUCUCCAUUUUUCCCCCAGGCUGCCCGAACUCUCCCUAAUAAGGUCCAAACCCAAGCGCCUCAGGCAACCCCUAAACAGGGUAUCAAGGCUCUUGACUUCAUGAGGCAUCAGCCCUACCAGCUUAAAACUGCUAUGUUCUGUUUUGAUGAGGUUCCUCCAACUCCUGGCCCCACCUCCUCAGGGCCCCCUAAAAUUGCCCGAGUCCAGGAAAUCCGCCGAUUUUCCACUCCAGCACCCCAGCCUACUGCAGAGCCCCUUGCCCCCACUGUGCUUGCCCCUCGAGCAGCCACUACACUGGAUGAACCCAUCUGGAGGACAGAGCUGGCCUCAACCCCUGCCCUUAGCCCAGCCCCUCCUCCCGAGUCUCCCAGGAGUCUUGGGGCCUCUCCCAGCUCCUGUGGCUUCCAGGUAGCCAGGCCUAGAUUUUCAGCCACCAGGACAGGAUUGCAGGCUCAUGUGUGGAGGCCUGGGACAAGUCAUCGCUGAGCAGGUCACAGCUCCCAGGACCAAGGAGAGGUAGAACACCCAGUUCCUAAAGUUGCUUCUCCUACCCAUCCCAUCUGCUCCCUCAGGCAUCUGGAGGCUAAUUUCACUCCUGCCUCAGAUGGUUUUGGAGUUAGUGUCCCAUCCCCCAGCUUCCUCCUAAUGUCCCUCCUGCUUUCCAACCUUCUCUCUCUGCUUUGGUAUUGGUGCUUCCUUUGUCUCUCUAGUUCCUUGCCCUUAUCUCUGUCUUUAUCUUUAGGUCUCUCCUCCCAUACUCCUUCACUGGUCUCUAUGUCUCCACAUUGGUGCUUUUUUCUUUGUGGGCCUCAUUUUAACAUUCAGUAAGAAGCACAUGGAAGUUACCACUGGGACCUCCGGGAAGAAGGUCACCAAGAGGCAGGUAGCAAAGUACUGAAUUGGCCCCUGUUUGCCCUAAGUAACUCCCUACUCCUUGCUCUUCUUUCCCAAGCUAGGCUAGCACAUACCUAGGGGUGUGUGUGUGUGUGUGCGUGUGUGUGUGUGUGUGUGUGUGUGUAACUGUAUGUGUAUGCACAGAUGUGCUUUUCUGCCUGAGGCAAGAGUAAGUAGAGAGGUAUAACAAAAAACCCUAUCUGAGUCUUCCCUUGAACUGAUGAAAGGAGGAUGAGAUAUUCCAAUAUGGAUCAUCUAGUAGAGAGAAAGAGAUUCACAGUGCUGGCAGCAGGUGUCCUGUGAAACUUGUGGAGUAUGUAAAGACUUGAGGGGUCAGGGCAAUUUUAUAGAUUGAGUUAUACCAGCUAGACCAAGGAUAGAACUAAGAAUUCUAUUUCUCAUGAUUUAAGAAGGUUAGCAACUUGAGAGGUCCCUACUAAGCAAGAAAGCACCCAGGAAGUGAAAAAAAUUUUUUUUCCUCUGAGCAUGAAAAGUCAUUGACUUCAUUGCCUUACAGCUUAAGACAAAGGAGGGAAAAAAAGAGCCAUGUGUGGAAAGUGAGGCAGAGGCAGAAACCAGGGGCAGAACUGAAAUGAAUGAAACUGAUUCACAGAGAGGAGCAUGAUGAGGGAGCGGGCAUAGUUGGCAGAGAGUAAAGUUGGGUAACAAGAAACCAACUAUGUUUAAGAGGGAGGAUGAGGGAAAAUAUGAGGGAGGAGAGUCUAUUUGUUAGAGUGAAGGGGCAUGUUGAGGGAGGGACAUGAGAGUGUGGGCUGAGUGUCGAAAAACAACUAUCUGUGCUACCUCCUUUGCAUUUUUUCCUGUCUUCUGCAGCUUGUCAUGACUACCUGGGAAAGUGCAAGGAAACCCUUAGAGCCAAAAUCUCUUUUCAGUCCUGCCCUAUCCCUCAAAUUUUAGCCCUGUUCCUUUUCAGCUUCAGGUCCUGAUCUCUGAUCCUAAAAGGGUAUGGACUCCCCUCUCAACAUGACCACCAGUCACGUUUGCUGCUUGACCUGGAAACCAGCUGUUUCCUUUGCAUAGUGGGUGUGUGUCACUUUGGUUUGUGCACAAGAAUAAACGUA